UGCAUAAAUUCCGGCUGUGUUUUUGGUGGGCCGGUUGGUGGAUUCAGCCCAAAAAAGCAGGGAGAGGCGGGAAGGCCAGGGCUGGGUUUCUGGGCUUAUUUUUAGCAGCCAAUGGGCACGAAAAGGGGAGGAAGGCGAGAAGGGGAAACGGGCCAGGAAAAGGUCCGGCAAAGAAAGAAAGAAAGAAAGAAAGAAAGAAAGAAAGAAAGAGGCCGUGUCCGUCUGACCGUCCGUCUGACCGUCCGUCUGGAGCAAGACCCCCCAAAUAGCCAUGGCUGGACCCCACUUGGCCCUACACCUUCUGGUGCUCACAGGGCUCGGCGCCUCCUUUAACAUCGACGUGAAGAGACCCCAGGUUUUUCACGGACCCCAAGAAGCCCAGUUUGGCUACAAAGUCCUCCAGUAUACGGCCCAAGGGCAGAAAUGGAUGUUGGUGGGAGCGCCAUGGGACGGACCCCCGGACGACCGGAAAGGCGAUGUUUACAAAUGUGCCGUAAGCGGAAGGAGCAACUCCACAUGCGCUAAAGUCCACAUUGGAGACCUGGCCCUCCGAAACCUCUCCAGGCCUGUGAAAAACAUGCAUUUCGGGAUGACGCUGCUGGCCAACCGGGAUGAUGGAUUUCUGGCGUGCGCCCCCUUGUGGUCCCAGGAGUGCGGCACCUCUCUGUUCAGCACCGGGAUUUGCACCCGCGUCGAUGAGCAUUUCCAGCCCAGAGAGAACAUCGCGCCCACCGCUCAGAGAUGCUCCACCUACAUGGACCUUGUGCUGGUGCUGGACGGGUCCAACAGCAUCUAUCCCUGGUACGAGGUCCAGAACUUCCUCAGCAACAUCCUCAGCAAGUUCUUCAUCGACCCCGAACAGAUCCAGGUGGGCCUCCUGCAAUACAGCGAAGAGGCUGUCCAUGUGUGGACGCUGAAGGACUUUCGGACGGCCGGAGAGGUCAUUGAGGCCGCCAAGAACAUCAGCCGGCAGGAAGGCCUCGAGACACGGACCGCGGCCGCCAUCCACAAGGCCUGCACAGAGGCCUUCAGCCCCGAGCGUGGUGGUCGGGAAGGGGCCACGCGGCUGAUGAUCGUGGUCACGGACGGGGAAUCCCACGACAGCGAGGAACUCCCGGAAGCCCUGCGGGAAUGCCAGGAGCGCAACGUCACGCGAUACGCCAUCGCCGUCUUGGGCCAUUACAUCCGGCGGCAGAAGGACCCAAACGCCUUCAUCGACGAGAUCAAGUUCAUCGCCAGCGACCCGGACGAGAAGUUCUUCUUCAACGUCACCGACGAGGCCGCCUUGAACGACAUCGUGGACGCCCUGGGAGACCGUAUCUUCAGCCUCGAGGGGACCCGGGAAUACAGUUCCUUUGAGCUGGAAAUGUCGCAGGUGGGCUUCUCUACUCACCUCUUGGAGGAUGGGAUCCUGUUUGGGAUGGUGGGCGCCUACGACUGGGACGGAGCCGUUUUGCGCGAAAGUCCGAACGAGAGGCUCAUUCCGCCCCGAAAAGCCUUCGAAAGUGAGUUCCCGCUCAGGAUGAAAAACCACGCGGCUUACCUGGGGUACACGGUGUCGUCCAUCAAGCUGCGUGGCGGGAGGGGUCUCUUGGUGGCCGGUGCCCCCCGAUUCAAGCAUAAGGGCAAGGUCAUCCUCUUCGAGAUGGGCGGCCGUGCGGACACCCUGCGCAUCACCCAGGCCCUGACCGGCGAACAGAUCGGGGGCUACUUUGGGAGCGAGGUCUGCCCGGUGGACGUGGACGGGGACGGGGUGACCGACGUCCUGCUGGUGUCCGCCCCCAUGUACCUGGGGGCCCAGAACAAAGAGACUGGCCGCGUCUACGUCUACAAAGUGGGGCAGUCAUUGCUGUCCUUCAACGGGACGCUGGAGUCGGACCCGAAGCCUCAGGACGCCCGCUUUGGCUUUGCUCUGUUGGCCUUGCCGGACCUCAACCAAGACGGGUUCAACGAUGUGGCCGUGGGUGCGCCGCUGGAGGACGGCCACCAGGGGGCGGUCUACCUCUACCAUGGACAGCGAAACACUCUCCGGCCCCAGUACACACAGCGCAUUGAGGCGGCCUCCUUCCGCCUGGGCUUGGGCUACUUUGGCCGCAGCCUGGAUGGUCAGCUUGACCUGGACGGAGACGGGUUGGUGGACCUGGCCGUUGGGGCCCAAGGGGCAGCCGUCCUCCUCCGGUCUCGUCAGGUGGUGCAGGUGGAGGCGUCUGUCUCGGCCAACCCGCCGGCCAUCAACGUCGUCCAGAAGAACUGCCAUCGCAACGGGAAGGAGUCCGUCUGCGUCUCGGCCAACCUCUGCUUCCGGGCAUCCACAUCCUCCUCCUCCUCACGGUCCAGCCCAUUCAGCAUCAAGUACAACGUCUCCCUGGAUGACCGGAAGUUCGGGACGCGGGCCAUUUUCGACAGCAAUGCGCAGAAGCGCAUCCAGAAGCGCAUACGGGUCACCAUAGGCCGGAGGGCCUGCGCCACCGCUCGCUUCCAUGUCAUUGACACUUCGGACUAUUUGCGCCCGGUGUCGGUGCUGCUGACGUUUGCCUUGAGUGACACAGAACCCGGACCCGUUCUGGAUGAGAAGUCGCCCACCAUCAUUAAGAAACUGAUCCCCUUCUUCAAGGACUGCGGCGAAGACGACGAGUGCGUCACCGAUCUAGCACUGCGAGCGCGGAUGGACAUUGCCGGAUCCAGGCAGAGCCCGCACGUGGUGCGCAAGGGCCGGCGCAAGGCCGUGGUGGACGUCCUCUUGGAGAACAAGAAGGAGAACGCCUACAACGCCAGCCUCGCGCUCUGGUUCUCCAGGAACCUCCACUUCUCCAGCUUGGUCCUCAAGGGAGAGAACCCGGUGAAAAUCGAAUGUACGGCUCCAUCGUCGCAAACCCGGUUCUGCAGCGUGGGGUUCCCCGUGUUCCGUUCAUCUGCCAAAGUGGCAUUUGUCCUCGAGUUCGAAUUCAGCUGCUCCUUCCUUCUGAACCGAGCCCAGGUGAAGCUCACAGCAACCAGCGACAGCCUGGAGUUGAACGAGACCCUUGCGGACAAUAUGGUGCAAGUUGUGGCUUCCGUUCGUUACGAGCCGGACCUUUUCCUAACCAGCGACUCCACACUGAACCGCUACGAAGUCCACCCGGUCGGGACUUUUCCGAACGGCAUGCGUCCCGAGUUCAGGACCACCGUCAAGGUGCAAAACCUGGGCUGUUACGCCGUGGGCAACCUCUCCCUAUCUAUGGAACUCCCUGCAACAGCGUUCGGCGGCACCACGUUCCUCUCCAUCACACGCGUGUGGGCCGACAACGUGACCUGUAGUGUCCAAAACGUGUCUGAAUCGGUACAGAGAGCGCCCGGCGACGUGGUUCCCGUUCAUCCCGAAGACCUUUUGCACAUCGAGAAAGUGAACUGCACCAACGCCGGUUGCCAACGGGUCAAGUGCGAGGUCUCCAACCUGGAGCGGAAUUCGGAAAUCUCCGUCCACGUGCUGAGAACCAUCCACAACGAGUUCUUCCGGAAGGCCAAGUUCAAGACGGUGAAGAUCAUCAGCAGAUUCAUAUUGACCGCCGAAGAGGAGAAUAAUCUGCUGCUUUUGCCGAAAGACGCCCAUCGGCGGGAGACGGUGCUGGAGGUCAUUCAGUCCAAAGUGGUGCCGCUUUCCCUCUGGAUCCUAAUCGGGAGCAUCAUCGGCGGACUCUUGCUCUUGGCGCUGAUCAUUAUCUGUUUAUGGAAGCUUGGAUUUUUCGCACACAAAAAGCCCGGGGAAAAGGAGGACGAGGAAGAAUAGCGGCGGACGAGAGCGAGGACUUUUCCUUCGACGCGCAGGCAGAAGCCCGAACAACGGCGCUCUUCCAAUCCCGUUCCGAGGGCGUUAUUCCUCCAGUUCCGAUACUCAAAGAAUUGGGCCGUCUCCCAGUUUGUACAAAUAGAACCUUUGGGAAACUGUUUUGAAAACAACUGAAUUGUUUGGAAGAGAAACGAACGAAACUGGGGCUCGUCGGGAGUCUCUUUCUACCAAAAUUGAACCUCGUUUUUUAAUGAGAAAGAAAAGACAAGAUUACAAUGCAAUAGCUUUCGUAAAUAUCCACGGAUCGGGUUUGGUACGGGACCUUUAAGCGGACUCUUCCCACAUAAAAACAGGACCAAAUUGUAUUGAGACGCCGGCUAUAUAUAGGGUCUGGCCCACGCUAUAAGCAAACUAUAUACAGGCCGUCCCCAAGUGAUAUAUUUAACGUACAGAACAUAUGUAAGUCAGAACAGGUACUUUUGAAAGUAAUUCCACCCAGUAUGUAUUUUGUAGCUUUCAAAGGGAAGAUUCCUCUUGUCUUAGCCUCAUUCUGAAAUAGGUCCGCAAUUACGUGAGUUUGCUUGUCCGUCUGAAAUUCCGUAUCAUAUUUUGGCUGAAAUGCAAAACACCAGGAGUAUUUUGUACCGGGAACACCAUUGUCUAUUAUGAUACUGUAUGAAGAUGACACUAUCACACUGUCCCUCGAAGUAAUGGGUUCCCAAUAAGAUAUAUUUGGAUGGAAACACAGACAACGUUUUUUAUGAUUCAUGUAUGAAGAUGACACUGUCACACUGCUCCUCAAAAUAAUGGGUUCUGAACAAGAUAUAUUUGGGUGGAAACACAAAGAUGACAUUAUUCUCUUUUGUGUACAAGGAUGACACAGUCACACCGUUUGCCUAAGUAUUGGGUCCAAACCUCGGUAUUUAAUGUCCCGUAAAAGGACUGCAAAUGAAAAUACACUGCCUGUGUAGGGUUGGUAGGUGAAUAAAGACACUACUUGCUGUUCCUUUUUCCAUUUCAAGUAUUUCCCGUAACGGAUUUGCUCUCCUGAAAUGUUUUCUCGCUAAAAGCCCAAAAGGAAGGUGAGGAUUUUGGGGCAAACUGAAAAAUUUUUACAAAUAAAAUCCCUUGUUUCCCUUCCAACAA